AUGCCUAUCGUCAACAUGAGGAACUUCGCUACCGUUGCAGCUUUUGCUGCUGGUGCCCACGCACUUGUUCCCCGUGACACCAGCUGCUGCUUCCACAUCUCAGCAUCCGGCGAGACCUCUGGCCAAGUCGGUCAGCUUGGUGAUGGACAGAACCGCAUCGGCGGCGACACUCCCCAAGGCCAGUUCUGCAUCGAUUCAGAUGGCUCCAUCACUGAUGGCAGCGGACGUGGCUGCAUUUUGACUCCCCCCACAACACAGUUCCAGUGUGACCUGGGCGCGAACCCUACCCCAGGAUUCUCUGUCAACACAAACGGCCAGCUCGAGUACAACGGACAAACCAACUUCGUUGCCUGUGAAACUGGUGAAAAUGGUGGCCUGAACAUCUACACCUCGCCCGACAGCGGAGACGUCACCGGCUGCGUGAGUGUGCAACUGAACGCCGAUUCUUGCGCGGGAUCGGGUGCCGGUUCCGGUUCUAGCUCUGCCCCGGUCCAGCCCUCAUCUUCCGCUCCCAUACCUAGCUCUAGUGUCCCAGUGAUCUCACCCUCCCCUAGUGUUCCUGGAGGUGGUGGACAAGGCCCAGGCUCAAGCUCCGUCCCCAUCGCCUCCCCUUCCCCUAGUGUUCCUGGAGGUGGUGGACAAGGUCCCGGCGAAGGCUCUGCUACCGUCCCCGGCACCUCUCCUUCCCCUAGUGUUCCUGGAGGUGGUGGACAAGGUCCCGGCGAAGGCACUACUACUGUUCCUGGCUCUACUGCUACCGUCCCCAUUGUCUCCACCUCGCCUAGCGGUCCCGGUGUUGGUGGUGGUGGUGGAGUAGGCCCUAGCGGCACGCCUGGCACUUGUGAGGGCUGCCCUGCCACAGCAACUGUAUACACUACUGUUACAGUUGGCUGCCAACCCGGUGUUCCUGGUGGCGGCGGCGAGACCCCAACCGCCCCUGGCGGUGGUGGUGAAACCCCUACUGGACCUGCUGGCGGUGGUGAAACCCCUACUGGCCCUGCUGGCGGUGGUGAAACCCCUACUGGACCUGCUGGCGGCGGUCAAACCCCUACUGGACCUGCUGGCGGCGGUCAAACCCCUACUGGCCCUGCUGGCGGUGGUGAAACCCCUACUGGACCUGCUGGCGGCGGUCAAACCCCUACUGGACCUGCUGGCGGCGGUCAAACCCCUACUGGCCCUGCUGGCGGUGGUGAAACCCCUACUGGACCUGCUGGCGGCGGUCAAACCCCUACUGGCCCUGCUGGCGGUGGUGAAACCCCUACUGGACCUGCUGGUGGUGGUCAAACCCCUACUGGCCCUGCUGGCGGUGGUGAAACCCCUACUGGCCCUGCUGGCGGUGGUGAAACCCCUACUGGACCUGCUGGCGGUGGUCAGACUCCCUCCGGCACCCAGCCCAGCGGAAGCUGCCCUACCGACCUUUCGGGCAACUACGAGUACCCCCAUCUGAUCGUCCCGGUUGACUCGUCCUCUCCAGACCAGGCCGCAGGUACCUCUUUCAACGGAACUGUGUCCUCGUCUGUGUCAACCAUCUUCAACUUCGACAUCCCCGAAUCGGAUGCUGGAAAGACUUGUAGCCUCGUCUUCCUCUUCCCUAAGAAGGAAGACCUCGAGACUUCGUCAUACAGCUUCAGCGGAGACGGCAAGGUUCAAUUCGGAGCCCUGACCUCGCCGGCCACCCAGCAGACCACCUACAACACGGCUCCGGCUAUUGGCCAGAACUACGGUGAAUUCACUAUCUCCCCCGGCAACUCCUAUGUCAUCAGCACCACCGAGUGCCCUGCUGGCCAGACUGUCGGCUUCGAGAUGUCGAACACUGGAAGCACCGACCUCGACUUCUUCGAGGACUACAACCCUUCGCCACUUGGUCUGUACAUCACCGUCUGCUAG